AUGAGCUUAGAUGUAUCCUUCGGAAGCCUUGGGUUUAAGUGCACUGUCCUUGCUGUCUCUUCUGAAGCUCGGCGCGUAAAAGCCCCUGUCCACGUCCGCUACAACGGCCACUCAUCGGAGCAUGAUGAAUGGGUGGGAGCAGACCGCCUGCGCAGCCAGGCUUUGAAGUUCAUCUCGGCCCGGAUGCCGAACUCCAGUACUCGUCAGGAUCGCCUUGAAGGUCUUGGUGAGGUGGCCAUGAGCCUGCCUUCUUCGGGAAGUCCACCUAGCAUGCCGCUUUCUGCCACUACGAAGCCUGCGAGCCACUCAGAAACUCUGGAGGUAGUGUCAGGAGAGGCAUUGCUUCAUCUCGGAAUGACCGUGUAUGACGUAGUCUCUCGCAUCAGCGGUGAGAUUCUGGAGAUCUCACUCUCGACGGAGCGGGCUGCGGCACCUGUCAAGGUGCGGCUGGGCUCGAACACGAGCUGGUUUGCGGCGAAGCGGCUGCGUGUUCCUGACUAUUCUUGCAUUCGUGUGGGCAUGCAUGUGCAAGUUGUACACUCGAAACCAUAUCUUUGCACGGUGUUGGAGGUAUCUCAGCUAAAAGACCGAUCCAUGGCACCCAUUCACGUUCGUUACGACGGAUAUGGUUCCGAGGAUGAUGAGUGGGUCGGUGCCGACCGUUUGCGAAGCAAAGCUUUCAAGCUUCUCGACUGCAGAUUGCCCUCAGCCAUGUCUCGGGAUCCAGGUGCAGCAACAGAAGCACUUCCUGAUCGCACGAACAGAUGGCAGACAAAGGCAUUUCGCCUGGAAAAUGCCGGCCAGGAGAGCUGCCUGCCCCACACUGUGCAAGCACAGACAUCCGACAUGGGAGAGCAGCAUGAAGCUCUGCCGUGGCAUGAGCUGGAAGCUGAUGAUGACAACCCUUCUCUAUUCCUGGAGUUGGCCCUCGGGGCAACAUCGGAGGCCUUACGCCGCAAGGGCUCGCAGAGCCAGUGGCAGGGGAGCCUCGAGAGCAAGCUCCAACAAGCUGCUGUAGCAUCGCCUUUGGUGAAGGAGCUCCUGAUCCACUAUGGAUGGAAAGGGGGUAGGUUUGAAAGGGAGCCAGACGUUCAGAGGUUGCAUGAACACUUUCUGAAGACCAGGAAGGACCUUUUCGAGGUGGAAAGUGUCCCUGGCUGUUGCAGUGAUGAUGCUUCCUCGGGAGGUGAAGGCCCUGAUAUGCCUGCCGAUGACACGCUGCAUGACGCCGCUUCCAGUUGUGCGAUGCAUGCAGACAGCCUGGAUGCACAACUUGAGGGGCAGCCCAACACUAUUGAAAGGUUGACGGGUACCCUGAUUUGCGGGACUUUUCGUUGUGUCGGAGGCAGCUCCGAAGGACGAGGCAAACACUGUGGCGAAGUCAUGGUGGAGCGUGGGCCUCUGCCUUUGCUCGGUUGCAAAGUCCGCAUUGCUGCGGGAAAGAACAGAGGGCAUGCCCGUGAUUGUGAUCGCUGCUACGUCCGAAUUCUUCUAGGCCAGGUAUUCACUGCAGAUGGCACCGAGCACAGAAUGCGAGAAGCCUUUGUUGCACGCGACAUUUCCAGGACUCAGCUCUAUGGUCGCAUUGUCCUCUCGCGAGAGUUUGGAAUUCCAAGGCAGAAGCUCUUCGUUUGCUCCAAGUGCAAGAAGAGUAGCCAUGAGAGGUGCGUCGCGUUCAAGCCGAUCAAUGGCAAACUACCUCCCAUCCAGGUGUCCUGGCCGAAGGGUGGUCUACCUCCAAGCAGCUCUGACCUACAUGUGGUGGAAGUGCGUGAUUGGGAUGGCGACCGCCAGCCGAGAGGGAAGUUCAUCGAGAGUUUUCAGAUGCAUUCUCGAAGUUCCGAUGCGGCCAUCCUCGAGCCAGUGCAGAUGUCCAUGAACUGUGGUGACUGGGAGCGUGGCCAAGUCCGUGAGACGUGGGGCAAGUUUUCACGCGCGGCUUUCCCCCAGCCGGAUGUUUCUUCACGAACCGAUCUUCGCAUGUCGGGACCAACAAUUGGCAUUCAGCACCCCAGUUUGCCGACCAGUGUAGCUGUGUCUUGCGUACCAGAUGCCUUGUUGCACAUCCACAUCUUGGAUGUCAAUGCAUAUCUGGCCUCGCUUGAGAGUUCUUCAUCGUUGGAACUUCAGGAGCUGCUCUUGCGCCGUGCAGUCGGAUGCUGGUUUAUGAACCAUGAGGACAAGCCCCUGGAUGCUCGCCUUCCCUUGUUCCCUCCCGAGAUCGAGAAGGAGCUCACUUUCGUGGAUGGAUCUGAGCGCCUUGCUGUCACCUUUGCUUUUCGUGUCACGGACCGGCAGACUCUCGACUUAGACAGCGUCCAGGUUUUGGAGACGGUCGUGCGAUGUGACUCGGUUCUCACUCCGCACGAUGCCGGCAGCAUGAUUCUAGGUGAUGCAGAUGGGGGUGAAGUGGGCACCAUGCUCCGACUGUUGGCCGUUUAUGCGUGGAACUUUGAGAAUGCUGAGAUCGACAAGGGAAGCCUCGCAGUCUUCGAGCAUCUCGACAUUGACUUGGCUCGCCAGUCGUGGGAUGAUGCACCAUCUGCUUUUUCGCAUUUGGUGAGUUGCCGCAUGAUGCGGACCUUGAUGCACAUGGUUGACCGGCAUGCCGGAAAUCGCUUGAGGGGGCUAUCUUGGUCUGAGGUUAUGGAUGCAGAAUCCUCACCUGGAGUGAUGGUGAAGUACUCUCACGGCAAAGCUGACCCCUCCACUUGGAAAGUGUUGGAGCGCUUGUUUCGUCUCAAGCCAGCUGAGGCUCAGGCCAAAGUCACAGUUCGAGAUGCAGUGAGCUCCCUACUGGAGAUUCUGAAUCAGCCUGGCCUCUCUUACAUGCAGCAGCACUGCUUCCAGUCGUCCUUCAUCCGACGGAUGCGAAAUGCUUUUCCUCUUGCCUUCUAUGAGCUCCUUCCAGUCCAAGCCGAAGGUGCGAGCACAUCUCCCGGAUCAUCUUGCGCUUUCCUCAAGCAUGAGCAUGUAUUCCAUGUGACUGCACCAUUGCAGCGCAAUCUCGACAUCCUUGGUAUGCGUGCGCUGAAGUGCCGGCUUGGUCUCAGCGCACCAGCGGGGCACAUGCGGCUCAGCAAAGAGAAGCUGCAGGAGGCAGUGGCCCGGGCAAACGCCAGGACCAGCGCGCACAACUUCGGACUACACAUCUUCAGGGUCAUUUCUUGGAUGAAGGACUUGUCGCCGGGACGUCGGGUCUCGAAUGCCUUGAUCGGAGCUGUUGGUCCGAGCUACAUCAAUGUCUUGAUGCCCACAAGCUGUGCACAUGUCCUGGAGCUCAAAGUGCCCGUUUGGGCUUUGUGCGGUGACUCUGGUGCCUCAGACUAUGAUGUCGCCACCCAGUCCUUGAAGCUUGCCCUGCCAAGUGGGUCCUACUUUGACCAACUAAUGAUCAAGACAUGGCACCCUCCGGCCAUGGUGUGUACGAUCGCACGCAAUUGUGCACAACCCAUUCCUCACCAUGCUUCCGCAAAUGCCGUGAUUGUCACGGAGCUGCAGCUUCAACAACUUUCUGGCACAAAUGUGACGUUUGCAGUGGGCGACCGUAUGUUCCCACAAAUGUUCUCGUCCUGUACUGACCUGAAGGAGUGGGCAGUCAUGGACCGACGUCUGGAGGAUUACUCACAGUUGUGGUCCCGCAUCCGGACAUGCCAAGUCCAUGCUGCCGCUGUUUGCAGUUCUGUCUUCAGGCCCUACGGCAGUGCGCGUGAUCUCAGGUGGCGGGAAGCAGACCGCAAGUGGUGCUUCCAGUGCCGAGUGGACGUCUUCUUGGCUGAAGGUCAGUGGCUGUAUCCGGGCGACCUGGCAGUUCUCAGCUGUGAGAGAGAAGACCAGGUCCUGGAGCUGCGUGGCGAGAUCGUGGAGGCCAAGCCGAAUGGCAAAUGCGGUGAUGGGAGCCAGCCUACAUCUUUCAGCGUGGAGGUUGAACUGUCGCAAAACGCAUACUCCCUGAAGGACAGUUGUGCUUGCUUCCCUGGUGCGGACAUCUCUUACCGAAUGUACUUCAUCUCAGUCCCCCUGAACGAGAAGAAGAGCAUUCACUUGCUGAAGUCAAUUCCAGAUUCCCCUCCGCUGCAAGCCAUGCGGCUGACAGUACCCAGAUCGGCUCAGCAGCAGAAACGGGAGUCCGAAAUGAGGCCUUUGCUGACAGUGAAUCAGGUCAAUUCGGCCCUGCAGCAGCCUGAGUACAGCCGCAAGGAGGGCCUGAAUGAGAAGCAGUCGAUGGCCCUGAAGCGUGGACUGCAGCGGCCAUUCUCCAUGGUGCAAGGUCCGCCAGGCACAGGCAAAACCUCUCUUCUCGUGCAGUAUGUCGUGGUCGCCUUGUCCACAAUGCAUCGUCAGGAACGGAUUCUUAUCGUUGCGCCUUCGAACCAAGCGGUGGAACACCUCUUGCGGAGGUUGGUUCAAGACACCGGCAUUCCGGCCCACUACAUCACCCGUGUUUACUCCAGGUCUAUCGAGAAAGAACACGGCAGCACCUACAAAGCCAGCUGGAAUAGCGAGCGCGCGGAGCGAAAAUUCGAUGUUCGGCCUGAUCUCGAAGAGCAUGCACUGCACUUCAAGAUGAGCCAGCCGCCCUAUGCGCCAUCGAACCAGGCCGCCCAGGGCAGCCGAGAUCAGAAGACGUUGUGUGCAAACUACGAGAAAGCGGAGGAGCUGGUUCUCAAGCAGAGCCGCAUCGUUCUCACGACAUGCACGAACGGAUACCUUCACGCUGCACUGAGCCAGAUCUGGUUUCAUACUGUUGUCAUUGACGAGGCUGCCCAAGCAAGCGAGCCUGAUGUCGUGCUGAACUCCACGUGGGCGACUCACCGUCUGGUGGUGGUAGGUGAUCAUCAACAGUUGGGGCCAGUGGUUCCCGAAAAGAAUCUUGACCCUGCUUACGUGCUUGCGCUGGAAACCCCUUUCUUGGAGCGAAUGAUGCAGAACCCCUGCCGUCUCAAAACCAGCACCAUGCUUGAGGUUCAGUACCGGAUGCACCCGUCAAUCCGAAGCUUCCCAUCGUCCCAGUUCUACGAGUCCAAGCUGCUUGAUGGCGUUGCAGUGGCCUUUCGACCGAAGCUCACGUGUCUCUGGCCCCAGGAAAACGAUCACCGGCUCUUCGUGGACUGCCAGACACCACAAAUCAAGGACAGAGCCUCAUCCGAGCAAAACACGAAGUCCCUGAAGAACCCUGGCGAGGCUGAAGUGGUUGCGGCCAUGUGUUCCGCGCUUCUUGGACAGGGCUGUGCCGGAACUGACAUAGCCAUCCUAACCCCCUACACAUCUCAGCAGCAUGAAAUUCGUUUCCGUCUGCAGCUCGAGCUUGGCAAAAAGAAGUCUGACGACAUCGAGGUGGGCACAGUACAUGCCUUGCAGGGCUCAGAGAGGGAGUACAUCCUCCUCAGCUUCGUGCGGAGUACCUCUGACGAGAUCGUCGAUAUCAAGCCAUCUACCAUGAGCUCUUCCAAAGGAGAUACCAGAGCCCUGCGUGAGUUGAAAACGCAGCAAUUAGGAAUAGUGAAGAACCGCAAGCUUCUGAACGUGGCCUUGACUCGUCCAAAGUAUGGCCUUGCCAUCAUCGGCAAUGCGGAAGUUCUUAGCGGUGGAUCCAACGAUUUUCUCGACUUGAUUACAAGCCUGCAAGGCUGCAACUGUGUGGUGGACAGGGAAGCUUUUCUCGCGAAGCUGCGGGGAAAUCGUUGGGCAACUGCCCAGAAUCGCAGAAGCUUCCCUGAAGGUUCGGUUGUCCGACCGGAGGAUUCUGCCUCUAACGUAGGGAUGCAGUCCCACAUCUCACAGGAGGAUGCGAGUGAAUGUUCUGACGUGUCGAAGGCUGUGAGCUCGAUCUCCGUUCUGUCCGUCCGGCGAGGAACCUAA